CGGUCGCGGUCCAGAGUAUCGUAGCCAAUCGAUCGCCAUGAGUCAAUCCCCGUUAGAGCAAACUCCGCCAAAGUCUGAGGUUGGCGGGGACAAGGAGCGGCUGCCGAGUGCUCCGUUUAGCAGCACUGGCCUAGAAACCCUGCGACUUCCGAUGAUCGCUGAGCAGCCGGAGACGCCGCUGCGCCGAUCGAUUCGGGCUCGCGUGCCCAGCAAACGAUUUUUGGAUACAUCCCGCAGCGAUAGCGAUACGGACGGGGAACAUCAAAUAAAACGCACGGUAGAGGAGACCGAGAUACAGGAGCUAGGCAGCAAGCUGUCCUCCGCUACGCUGUUCGAGGAGUGCCACGAUGUGGCAGGUCGAACCAUGUACGGGUUUCGCACGCCGAAAAAGCGCGAUUCGAUGCGCAAGCUGGCCGCGCAGACAAGCGCCCAACGCCGCUCGAAAGUACAGCGUACACCAACCACGCCCCGUACUCCAGCCGCACUCCGUACACCAAGCAGCGCACGUCAGCGUAGAAUGAAGCACCGAAAUCCGCAGACACCGGCCCAAGUGCGCCAGCUCCGGAAGCAAGCUAUUGGCAAAGUUUUGCAAAAGGUGGAUGAAGAAUCCGACCCUUUUUACAGCCCGGCGUCUUCCUCGACCGACACGGAGCCGCCCGAUACUCACAGCGGUAGCGAUGACGAUGAAGAAGAGGUCGCCGCAACGGCCGAAUCAAAGUCGAUCAGGAAACAACAGGCUCGGUCCCCGACAGGGGCGAAACCCAAGGUUAAGAUUCCGGUUGUGGGCCCGACCGAUACGCCGAUCGUGAAAUCUUCGGAGUACUGUUAUGACAACUCUUAUGAACAGUACUUUUCGAUCCAUGCUACUACGAAAGUAGUCACGUCCAACCAUACACUGGACUUACUAGCCACAUCGCGCAUACCGCAUGCUCUAAUGCAGCAGUUGCUGCAGGAGACCAGCCCGCCCGCGCCCCACCGGGACCGACUGCAAGAAAUGAAUGACAACUAUAUGCUCUUCUUCCGGAAAUGGCUGUUCAUGCUUAACGAGGGAUUUAAUGUGCUGUUGUUCGGUAUCGGAUCCAAGGGGGAGCUAAUGCAGCUCUUCAUCGAUGAAAAGUUAAACGGCUAUCCUGCCAUCCUUGUGCAGGGAUAUUUUCCCGACUUUAGCAUCAAGGACGUACUGGAUCGGAUUUGCGGGAAGGUGUUCGAUAUGCGGCUUUCAACGACGAACACACACGAGGCGUUGGAUAAGAUCGAGCGUAAGUUCGCCGACCAUCCUGAGAAGCAUCUGUUUUUAGUAGUCAAUAACUUGGACGGUUCAUCGCUGCGGAACGAGUCCACCCAGUCUGCUAUAUGCCGACUGGCGGCCAUCGACAACGUACAUUUUAUCGCAUCGAUCGAAAAUCACAUCGCAUCGGCCAUGUGGGACACGUAUAAACAAGCGGCAUAUAACUUCAGCUGGUUUGACGCUACCACGCUCCAACCGUACAAUGCCGAGACGUCGUUCGAGAACUCUCUGAUGGUCCAAAACGCCGAUGCGCCCGCGUUCGAUGCAAUGAAGCGAGUUGUAUGUUCGCUAACAGCGAACGCGCGCGGAAUAUUCAACGCGAUUGUUAACUUUCAACUAACCAACCAGAAGGUGCAACAGCAGCACUACGCCGGCAUGCCAAUGCAGGAGUUGUAUCGUCAGUGCCGCGAAUCAUUCCUGGUUUCUUCGGAUGCUGCCCUGCGCUGUCACCUCACCGAGUUCGUUGAUCACAAAUUGCUGCGGUUCAAGCGCAACUCUGAGAGUAGCGAGGCGGUCCUCAUUCCGCUGUCGCACAUGCUCCUCCAGCGGUUUGUUGAUGAGCAGGAUGUCGUCUAAUUCACGAAGGCUCGUACAAGUACUUCGAUGUUCGUUCACAUGGUGCCAUAUAUGUAUUCACUGUAGCGUGAAAGGACAGUACAAUGAGAAUUAAUCUCUAUAAAGUAUAGCAUAGGGUUUGUAUUAGAUAAAGAGGAGCUCUUGAUUCUCGCGAAUUCUCAGCAAAGUUCGCUGUUUAGCUCGUGUAGCUUCCAAAUCAAUUUAAUUCGAUGAAUUUUUUUCAUGGUUUUUUGUACUACUCCAAUAUUUUUUCAGCCACUGGCCUACUCCAUUAAAUUUUCAAUAGCUUCUUAAUAUUACUCCAAUAUUUUUUCAGCCACUGGCCUACUGCAUUACAUUCUCAAUAGCUUCUUAAUAUUCCUUUUCUGUAACGUUAAACUGACUAUCAGUUGGUGUGAUUCAAACAGCGCUGUCACACUAGAGUUUACCGGCUAGCAAGUUACGUUUCAAACGGAACAUAACAUUUUGCAAUUACUAACGGCCGAGCGCUCUUCUUGUUUUGUUGAAGUAUGCAAUGUUGUUGAAGUGAUCUCAAUUUGAAAUAAAUUUA